AUGUCCUAUCUCGAAUGCUACAAAUAUGAGGAGACUCCGCCACUAUCUCCGUCGCAACGUGUCUAUAUCAUAGACAUGCCGGAUCUUGUGAUGAGAAAAAUUCUAGAGGAAGUUGACCUUGUGUCAAUAAUGAUUCUUCGAAAAGUGUGUCGUGCAUUCCGUAACUACAUUGAUGACACGAAACCUGACAGCAAGUUAAACGGACUCGCGAUCUACGUGAGAUCGGAUUCAAUUCGUGUCUCAUAUGAGUAUUUUCUUUCCAAGCCGCUGAGAUCGGAGAUGGUGUGGUUGGAAUGGUCCGAAUAG